AUGAAUACAGAACAACCACCAUCGACUAUGGCUACCAACUUUGACUGGGAAUGUGGUGGAUGGCUUUCGGGAGCAUCGUUGCUAUACCCACCUCCUCUUACGCCACCACCCCAGCAUCAUCAACAUCAUACAUCCUUCCCAACAUCAUGCUUUCUUUCACCAGAAACGACAACAGCUGGUGUUGUAGCUGAGAAUUGUCCACCAACACCACCACAGCAGCCAACAACAUUGUUUCAAGGAUUAUGCCCCCCUGUUGCUAUGAACAAUAAUACCACAGCUGCUAAUGUUGCAGUAACAUCACCCAUGUCUGUACACCCUACAAUGGCGGUUCCUUCGCCACAAUCCAGAGAAGCCUCUCCCAAAAGCAGCUCCACCACAUCAUCAAUGACAGGAUCCAACCCUACCCCUACCGCAGGCCGAAAGCGUCGUUCAAUGCAUGAAGAGGAUGAUCAAGAUGAUGAUGAACAACGUAAAAAGUUGCUUGAACGCAACAGAUUGGCAGCAUCAAAGUGCCGUCAAAAGAAAAAGCAAUGGGUUCAAGAUCUCGAGAACAAGUCUGAGCAAGUGACCAAGAAGAAUCAAGAAUUGCACAGCAUGUUGGCUACUUUACGUGAAGAAUGUUUGCAACUGCGCAACGAGCUUUUGGCACACGGCAAUUGUGGUUGCUCCCUGGUGCAAACCUAUUUACGUCGAUCAUCAGCCGAGUUGACGUGCAUGAAUAAUAACAACAACAAAAACAGCCGACACGAGCCCGCUACUGCUGCUGCAACUACUGUCGCCGAUAUGGUUCGGCAGCAACAUCCUCCAGUGCCAUCCACAACCACAGCGUAA